CACUCAAUAAUUCCGUCUGAAUAUUUGGGUUGGCUGGAGAUUUCUCUAUUGUAGAUUCUUUGUAAUAUUUAGUGUUUAGAAAUUGUAAUUAUUGUACAAAAUGUUAACUAAAAAUCUCGUGUCAAAGGCCUUGCUGAUACGAACUCUAAAAAAUAUAGGAGAAAACGCGAAACAGACUAAAAGAAACGCAGGCCAUGGCGUGUGGUCAUAUCGCGUUCCGCCGCCAACGCCAUCCAAAAGAGCAAUCAUUGGGUCCAACAUAAUAGGAGGAUUAUGUUGGUGGUGGAUACUUUACCAUGUGGCGACUGAACCAGAACAUAUAUAUGGUGAAUGGCCAUACAUUGAUCCUAGCACAUACACUGAUGAGGAAUUGGGUAUUCCUCCAGACUCUGCUGGUCCUCUUAAGUAGUCAAUCAAUGAACAAUGCAUGAAUUAUAUUAGUUUGAAAUUGUUGAUGUAUAAAAAUAAAGUAUUUAUGAUUUCAAAUAGUGGUUUUAAAAAUGUAAGUCUUAUUUACCUACUAGAACAAUUUGUAAAAUGUAGGUAUAGGAAGGCUAUAUAAUGCUAUCUGAAAUUCUCACAGGUGUGAACUUGAAUUAUUACUGAAUGAAAAAACUUUAAACAAAAUCCUUUCGUAUUAUAAAACCAAGUCCUCUGCCAUGUCUGUCUUUUCACAAUAAA